UAAAGGAACCUCUGUAAGACACAUUUUUGUCUCGAACUUUUGAGGAGUCAAAUGAUCUGGUUGGUUGGAAACUCCUCAGAACUUUGAGCCUCAAUCUCACUCUGCUUCAGAGGUUACCAUUAUACUCUGUGCAGUGACAAAUAUUUGCAUUUAGAAAGAUGAUGAUCUGGCUUUCUCCAUUGCUGUUUCUGAUGAUGAUGACCAAAGUAGACAGUGCUUGUCUCCAUCUGAGCCUACAAGAGGCCUGUGCUUCUCCCUCUGGAUCCAUAUCUCGAAGCUGCAAGGAAAUCAAAGAGAGCUGUCCAGAGUCAGAUGAUGGCCUGUACUUUCUCCAGACUGGAGAUGGGAACCUCUACCAGACCUUUUGUGACAUGAGGUCUGGGGAAGGUGGCUGGACCCUGGUGGCCAGUGUGCAUGAGAAUCACUUGGCAGGGAAGUGCACUCAGGGGGAUCGCUGGUCCAGCCAGCAGGGUAACAGACCAGACUACCCUGAGGGUGAUGGGAACUGGGCCAAUUAUGCCACCUUUGGAUCCGCAGAAGCUGCUACCAGUGAUGACUACAAGAACCCAGGUUACUAUGACAUCCAGGCCAAGGACUUGGCCAUCUGGCAUGUGCCCAACAAGUCUCCCCUGCAGCAAUGGAGAAAUAACUCCCUGCUGAGAUAUCAUACCUCCAACAACCUCUUCAAAAAUCUGGGAGGGAACCUGUUUGGCCUCUAUCAGAAGUAUCCAGUGAAAUACGGGACUGGCAAGUGUUUGACUGACAAUGGCCCAGCUGUGCCCGUCACCUAUGACUUUGGUGAUGCAGAAAAAACUGCCAAAUAUUACUCUCCAAAUGGUCAGACUGAAUUGGUUGGAGGCUUUGUCCAGUUCCGGGUAUAUAAUAAUGAAAGAGCGGCCAAUGCUCUGUGUGCUGGAGUGCAAGUCACUGGAUGUAACACUGAACAUCACUGCAUCGGUGGAGGAGGAUUCUUCCCAGAAGGAGCUCCCUGGCAGUGCGGGGAUUUCUCUGCCUUCGACUGGAAUGGCUAUGGAACCCAUGUUGGUUAUAGCAGUAGUAAGGAGAUAACAGAGGCUGCUGUGCUCCUGUUCUAUAAAUGACCAUUGUGCCAUUCUGAAACCAGAUAUUUGCAGAUUUAGGAAUGGGUAACCUCCCUUCUCUCCAAGAACCAACAUGAGAUGAUUGCUCUGGGCAUUGAAU